CUUACUCACUGGGAGUUUAAUGUUUAACAUUAGGCUGCAGACACUUGGUGGUUAAAAAUGUCCAGUAAAUAACAUGUUUCAGCACAGAUAAGAUUCAGUCUAACAGUACAGUACGUCAUGUGCGUGCAUCACAGAUAAUGUUUCCUUUUUUACGUGUGUAGAGCAACAACAUAACUAAAUUACGUUGAAUAGGCAUUAUUCAACUGGGUAAAUAAAAACAAGAUCUUUUUUAAUAAUUCUAAAUUGCCACAGAACAAGGUAAAUUGGCUUUCUCAAAAUACUGCAACAAGAAACACUGAAGUGCUCACAGGAUAUCAGCAGGUUAAAAUCUAAAUGGUGGUACGGGUCGGUCUGUAUUUACAUUAUGUGUAGAGUAGAGAAAGCCCAUAAUAAUAAAAUGGCAUUAUUAGGGUGUAGGUGGCCAUCAUCUUUGUUUCUGACUGACCUACCUCUAUAAAUAAAGACAUAAAAGGUCAUAAAAUGCUUUAACAUUUGCAUUAUUGAUUAGUACAACAGUCUCAUUAAAAGCAAAUAAUAUUUGAUGAUAGUUCCUGUUUGCUUGCUUCCUCUACGUCAAUUGAAUUAUUAGAAGAAGCUGUUUCAUGUUGGAUUGGAGCCCCUGUGAUCUUCAGAUGAAGCGAUGCAAACACAUGGCAGCAUGCCUGCAGAUUAUGCCUCACAGUGCUCUAAAUACGGAUAUGUGUUUUGUACAGUAAAAUGGUAAGCCAAAGACCUGUGCAGGCUAGAAUAUCCCCUCUAAGUGAAAGUUGUGUGUAGAUUGGUGAUUGACAGCGAGGACAGCUAUGCCGAGGGGAUUAGUGGAGGGCCUAAUGCACACAGUCUCUUCAGUCUAAUAGAUAAGUACAACCAAUGCAGCUAUGUCUCACAAACAACUUUACAACUCGGUGAGGAAAAGCCUUAACAUCAUCCAACAAGUUUGAGAGUUUUUUUUUACAAAAAAGAAAGAGAAGAAGGGUGAAAGUUGCUCUUUCAGCAUCAGCAGUAAGAGACGUAAAGCAACAGAUGUGUUGUCAGUAUUCUAAUAUCGGGAGGAGGGCUAGAGGGGGAUUAAUUCUCAAUGCUGCUCUAGUGAUUUGCCAGCAAUUCAGCUUUGAUGGAGAGGGUUGAAAGGAGCAUGUCAUUUGGAGUCAACAACAUACAGAAGGAACGAUGAGUGUGUGAGGCAGAAAAGGGAAGCAACAAGAAAGCAUUUUGAACUUAAAGCUGAUCCAACAGUUGUUUGGUAUAGAGGGGAAUAAAGGGACAUAUCAACAGGUAAGAAAAAGAAAUGUAUGGUUUUGGUUAACUGAGAAGGUAACAUGCUUUAAAUGGUGCAAGCUGGUGAGAAAACGAUGUUUUUUUCCUGCUUUUUAACUUUUGAUAUUUCUGCUCAAAGAUGUGUUACUCUCUUUUGAUAAGUUUCAAAUAAAUGAAGUAUAUAGACAAUUAAUAUUUAAAUUUAAUUUUAAAAAUGCAGCAACUCCCUUUGAGAACCUUUAAAUUCCAACACAAAGUAAACCUUAUAGUUAAUGAAUAUGAGGAUAAAUACUCCUGGAUAUAAAGAAAAAUGGCAAUUGGAUCAACAUUUGCCAAAGUGCACAGAGCAUCCUUUGUUAAGCCUUUAAAAGCACCAGUUAACACUUCAAACAGGUAAUCACUGCUCCAGCAAACAGUUCAGACACAUGUCAGUAACUCUCAUAAUUUAUGUCUACACCUAUGACCACUGUUGAUGACUGUGGGACUUUGCUUAUUCACUGUCAUGUAAAAGCUUAAUGUUUAACAUUAGACUUCCUGACAAAUUGUGGUUGAAUUGUUCAGUUAAUUACAUGUUUCAGCAAAGAUAAGAUUCAGUUGUUCAGUACAGUAUGUCAAAUGAGUGCAUCACAGACUGUCCUGUUUUACUUUGUUUGGGUCUCAGUGGCAUCAUGCGUGGUCUAGUGCUGAUAUAUCAUUUAAAGUUAUUAAAAAAAGAUCAGUCCGAAUUUUCUGUGUAACUUGGUUUGAAUCUACUGUUUGAACACAUCAGAAAAACAAAAUAUGAGUGGAGGUUAAAUCCAAAGCAUGUAUUUGAAACCAUGUUUCAUGUUUCCUUCUUCCUGUUAGUGGCACUUGAGGUAAAGAUUUAUUAGAAUUUUUUAUUAGUGUAACAAGAGUUUCUCCAACAACACAGCCAUUGUGUAUCCUAUAAAAUAAUAACAAACAGUCGUUAUUCCAGAAAACUCUACAUGGAGGAAAAUUUAGGGUGGAUGCAUCCCUAUUUAUUUAAGCUAUGACGAUCCAGGAUUUGGGAUUAAUAAUGUAGCGCCACAGUUUAAUCCAGUUACAUGCAGAGAGUGACGAGAGAAAAAUGGGGAUGGGACAAACAGGGAGUGAACGCCUGAGUUAUGGGAGGAGAUGACAGAGAGAAUGAGAGUAACAGAGGGAUUAGGGUCAGCCAUGUUGAGCAUCUGGCUUAGAGAUGUCCUAUGCUCUCCAACUGUACUGCAACGCAUGGACAUAGGGAUUACAUAGAGUACAUAUGAAGCUGUGUUAUCACUCACUGUGAAGCCAACAUGACAGAGAACAGUGCAAAUAAAUAACUGGACCCCUUCUGUUGUUUUUCACAGCUGACAUGAGGCUGGCCAGCGUUGGGGCCCGUGUUCGGAGGGCUGCAGAGUCGUCCGAACCAGAGUCAGAGGAGGCAACAGAGCCUGCUCAUCAUGAGCACUCCCACUCAGAACACCAUGAGCAUACCCACUCAGAACAUCACCCUGGCCAUGACUACAACCACAUGAAGGAGAAGUUUAUGAAUGAACUCGGUCAUCUCCCAAUUCCUAUGUGGGCAGUAGCAGCUAUAGUUGUGGUGGUCCUGGUUCUAGUGGCAUGCUUCAUCUUCUGUGUUUUCAAGAAAUGCUUUGGGAAAAAGAAAAAGCCCAAGAAAGUGAGGGAGAGGAAGACGGGUCGCCGCAGAAAGGAAAAGGAAGGUGAAGGAGAGGCGGGAGAGAAGGAGGGUGAAGUAAAGAAGCAGGGGGAGGAAGAGGAGAAAGAACAGGAAAAGCUGGGUAAGCUGGAGUUCUCACUGGACUACAACUUCACUGAUGCCCAGCUUAUAGUGGGCAUCCUCCAAGCUCAAGACCUUGCUGCUAUGGACAUGGGGGGGACCUCAGACCCCUACGUUAAAGUCUUUUUGUUACCAGACAAAAAGAAGAAAUACGAGACUAAAGUUCAACGCAAGAAUUUAUGCCCUGUUUUCAAUGAGACUUUCAUCUUCAAGAUCCCAUAUGCUGAGUUGGGGGGAAAGACUUUGGUGUUGCAAGUCUUUGACUUUGACCGUUUCUCAAAGCAUGAUAUGAUCGGUGAGAUAAAGAUUCCCAUGAACAGUGUUGACUUGGGCCAGCCAAUGCAACAAUGGAGGGACUUGGAGAGUGGAGAAAAGGAGGAGCAAGAAAAGCUGGGCGAUAUUUGCAUUUCUUUACGUUAUGUACCCACUGCUGGAAAACUGACAGUGAACAUUAUGGAGGCAAAGAAUCUGAAGAAAAUGGACGUUGGGGGAUUAUCAGAUCCAUACGUCAAGAUUGUUCUGCAGCAAAAUGGGAAACGCAUCAAGAAGAAAAAGACAACAGUCAAGAAAAACACACUGAAUCCUUACUUCAACGAGAGUUUCAGCUUUGAUGUUCCCUUUGAGCAGAUUCAAAAAGUGCAGGUCGUCAUCACGGUGUUUGACUAUGAUAAACUUGGAAGCAAUGAUCCGAUUGGGAAAACCUUCAUGGGUUAUGGAGCAACAGGAGUGGGUCUACGACACUGGUCAGAUAUGCUUGCCAAUCCCAGACGUCCUGUGGCCCAGUGGCACACCCUCCUGCCUGAGGAAGAGGUCGAUGCAGCAGUCAAAGCAAAACCACGUUAGAGUAGCACCUUGAUAAAAUGUUACAAUACUGCUGAUGUGUUACUUAUCCUGAUGUUUGUUUUUUUUUUCAGUUUUGCAUGUCUUAUUCUGUGUUUUUUUCUCACUUCAGUGUGUUAGUAUGCGCAUGUGUAUGCUUGUUUAAUGUACAAAUAAUUUUUGACACUUGUUUGUUAUUAAAACCUCGGCAUCUUGUACUCAUCUUGUACCGUAAACCUCAACGAAUCCUCGCUUGUGUACUUGGAAAGUAUAAAUGUGCAUCUUUUGUGUGUUCUCAUGCACUGGCCAAGUAUGAUGUGGAUGCUUAAAGGAGUGAUCUCAGAAUUACUCUGUGUUGCAUUGUAGACAAUAGGCCUCUACAUCUAACAGUA